AGAAUAGAGUGAACAUCGGAAAGUUGGAUUGGUGUCAGCUACAAUCGGCUACAAAAGUUAGAGAGUUACAGUUGGAGAGAUACCUUAGAUACCACCCAGUAGGUGGCAGUAAAAAGGCCUCUGGGAGAUGAGGUUCCUGAUAGACGAGCAAUGAAAUACUGUUUAAAACCGGUCUACAGCUACAGAAAGAGUGCUUUGGACAUUACACGUUACCAAUGACAUGCUAGUUUUGUUACUUAAAAUAUAUAUUAUGUUGCUGUUCUCUAUGAAUUGUGACACACUGCACUGUCCCCUGGUGGACAAUGUAACCAGUUUUUAUGUUAAAUGAUUAUAUUUCGAAAUCCAGUACCAAUGUCUUGUAAGGUGCUUUGCACGAGUUUUUAUUUUCCUAAAUGAAGAUAUGAAUUCUUAAACAUCUCAAUUUACAGUAGGAGACGAGGGAUCUCGGACAUUGGCCAGUUUAUUAGUACAAGACGAAUAGGACAAGAAUCAGAUAAGUGAAAACUUUUCAGAGUCAUCUAGGGAGCGGUGAGGCAACAUCAUGGAGUUCAGCAGGAUGGAGUUCUUCAAGGAGUUAGGGGAGAGUUGUGUUCUCCCUACAGCCCAGCAGGGAGUGGAACAGGUCUGGCAGCUGUUGCUCCUUUGCUUGCUCUUCUGCCUGCUCUGCAGGCUGGGUCUCUCGUCCUCUCUGAAACAUCUGGGCUCAGUGGCAGCUGGUCUAUAUGCUCUCUACCUGUUCUUUGAGCAGUCAAUGGUCUGGGUCUUACUACUCAGUCUACUCUGCUACACUGUCCUGUUCCUCAACCGCAACUCCAGCAGCCGAGGGAUCUUCCUCUCCGCCACCAUCCUCAUCUAUCUACUCAUGGGAGAGCUGCAUAUGAUUGACAGCGUGACCUGGCAUAAAAUGCGAGGUUCUCAGAUGGUGGUGGCUAUGAAGGCCAUCUCUCUAGCGUUUGACCUGGAUAGAGGCACUGUUCUUGCAUUGCCCAGUCCUCUUGAGUUCACAGGCUACAUUGUCUUUGUGGGCACGGUCAUCUUUGGGCCCUGGAUCAGCUACUCAAGCUACAAGGAGGCCAUUGAGAGUCACAAGCUGAGUUUGUCUUGGCUCCAGAGAUUUUCAGUAAGCUGGGUGAAAUGUCAGGUGUGCUUGGUUAUAUCCAACUGCAUUGCCCCAUACCUCUUCCCUUAUUUCAUUCCAAUCCAUGGGAGCAAAGGACUGCGCAUUUGGCUACACGCCUAUGAGAAUGCUGUAUCCUUCCACUUCAGUAACUACUUUGUGGGCCAUCUUAGCGAAAGUACUGCUUUGCUGGCAGGAGCAGGUUUUACUGAAGACAAGGACAAUGUCAAAUGGGAUCUGAAAGUAGUUAAGCCACUCAAUGUUGAGUUGCCCAGGUCCAUGGUCCUGGUAGUGACCUCCUGGAACGUUCCAAUGUCUCGCUGGCUCAACACAUAUGUUUUCAAAAGUGCUAUGAAACUUGGCACCUUUCCUGCCGUCAUUGUGACUUACACAGCCAGUGCUCUGUUACAUGGCUUUAGCUUCCAUCUUGGGGCAGUGCUGCUGUCGCUGGGCUUCAUAACCUAUGUGGAACAUGUUCUGAGGAAGAGGCUGGCAGCCAUCUUUAGUGCCUGUAUUCUGUCCAAACGUUGUUCUACUGAUUGCCAUCAUCAGCACAAGAAGGAUCUUUGGGUUUAUGGGAUCAACCUGGCCUUCAGUGCCAUGGCCAUCUUCCACCUGACAUACCUGGGCUCCAUGUUUGAUGCUGAUAUAGACAACUUGGCUGCGGAGGAGGGUUAUGCGGCCAACCACACCAUUCAGAAGUGGUCCGAGUUGGGCUGGGCCAGCCACUGGCUGGUGUUUGGCUGCUGGCUAUUUUAUCGUCUCCUCCUUUGAGCUCAUUGGACAAAGGUUGGAAAUUAUCACCCAAAAAAAGGAUUGAAUUGAUUGGUCAUCUUACCUGCUGUCGUUGGCUCUGACUGUUGGCUCUGACUGUUGGCUCAGACUUGAUGGACGCAUUGGAAUGAGGAGCCUGGACCAUUUUUACACUCCAUGACAGUCACACACUUGUUCAUAUCUAGGAUGUAUCACACUGUUAAAACUGAGAACCAUCAGUAUGCUGAAAGUGUUUUAGUGGCAUCUGUUGUGGUUACUGUUCCUUUGCAGGGCUUGGUAGUUUGAUCACACGCAAUCAUUGUUGGAAUACAGUCAUGUGAAAAUAUAAUUACACAGCCUUGAUAGUAUAAUUUUUUCAAAAACAUUUGGAUUUAAGGAUAUUUAAUCUCCACUUAAUCUCAACACUACUGACAGAUAAAGGUAAACUAAUUUAAUAAAUGACAUUUAAAGAUUAUACUUUACAAUCAUUUAUUCAUAAAAAAUAAAAUCAACAACAUUUUUAUGUCAUAGUGUAGAAAAAAAGAUUUACACCCCUAGCCUCAAUAUGUGGUGUUGCCCCCUUUGGAUGAAAUUGCUUAAUGUAUCUGUUUCUUGUCACUAUUAGUCUCUUACAUAACCUGGGGAUUUUUGCCUACACUGCAGUACUGCUUCACCUUUAUUAUGUUUUAGGAUUUUUUUGCAUGCACAGCCUGCUGCAAGUCCCCCAAAAGCAUUUUGAUAUGAUUGAAAUCUGAAUUUAGACAUUCUUUUGCUUGUGUAUUUUGGAUCAUUGUCUUUAGCAAAAUCCAUUUUUGGUUCAGCGUCCGCUUUUUAACAAAUAGCCUCACAUUCCGCUCAAACGUUAUUUGUUAGAAUAUGAAAUUAAUGGUUGUCUCAAUGAGGGCAAGUUGAACAGGUUGUGAGGCAGCAAAUCAGCCCCAAACCAAAAUUCCACCUCCUCCAUGUUUUACAGUUGGUAUGAGGUUCCUCUGUUUAAGGGCAGUGUUUUGUCUGGCAUUACAGCCAAACAACUCCACCUUUGACUCAUCUGUCUGGAGCACAUUGUUCCAGUAGUGUUGGUCUUUACACAGGUGGUGUCCAGCAAACAUUACUUGUGUCUUGAUAUUUUUCUUUAUUUUGUAGCAUAGGCUUCUUCCUCCCAUGUGGGCCACGUUUGUGCAGUCUCUUUCUGACUUUUGAAUCUUGGACUUUGAUGUUGAUUGUGGCAAGAGAGACUUGCAGAAAUCUUGAUGUGACCCUAGGGUACUUCAAGACUACAAUAUGGGCAUUUUUCGGUCAGCUCUUAGGCUGAAUUUGGUGAGAUUACCUAUUCUAUGUAGAUUGGCAGUAAACUGGAAUUUUCUUCAUUUGUAGAUGAUCUGUCAACCCGUGGAAUUAUGUAUUUCCAAUUGCUUGGAAAUGGCUUUGUAACAUAGGCAUCAACAAUCUUUCUUCUGAGGGCCUCGAAUAGUAGUUUUUUUGGCAUUGUGUUAACACACAUCCAUAUGGUUAAGGCCAAACAGGACCAAGUUCCUAUUCUUUAUGGAAGGCUCUACCCUCCCUGAUUACUCUAAUUAUUUUUCCAAUAAUUUGCCUGUUUUGGCACACCUGGUACACAACAUUUAUGUAUUGGUAAAAUGGUACACCUUUGUCUGCAAAUGUAAAUGUGUUUUCCUCCAAUAUCUAAGUAUGUUGGAACAAUUACAACUUUCCAGGGAGUGUAUGUACUUUUUUUUAGGUGACUGUAAUUACACUGCUACAUUUUGCUUAGACAGUCAACCUUUAGUAUGGCUCUACUGUGUACUCCACAUUUUUUUUUAUCGUUUAGAAAUGUAAAUGCAUCCUAGUCUCUAUAUUUCGACCAGUGUUGUAUUACAUUUUGUAAAAGGUACAAGGUCCCAUAUUUUUAGCACACAGUGAAAACAUUAAAUGUGUGUCUAAAACAUUUAUUUUUGAGUUUUUAUUGUUUUCAGUUAUGAUUUUUCUAAAUAACAAUAUUGAAUGUUUCUGAAAACUUCUAUGUGGAGAAUUGUAAAUAAUGAUUUGUCAUGAUAAUUUAGAGAUGCACAGUGAUCUGCCCCUCAAUAACUUGAAUAGGGUAAACUUAUUUGGGGCCACUGUUGUGAACUACUGGUCUAAAGGUCAGAGAGAAGCCGGAUCUGCCAGGGCGUAAUUUAAACUACAGUGCCUUUGGAAAGUAUUCAUACCCUUUCUACACAUUUUCUGGUCUUGUUAAUUGUAUACAGUAUUAUGUGCUCUGAUGUCCUGGAGUAGGUAGAGGCAAUUUGGAUGUGCAUCCUGAAAUCUUUGGAUUGAAUGAAACAUUUUUGUACAGGUUUUAAAAUCA